AUGACCACCCAAUUUCUUGACCCAACCACCGGGCGUAUGAUGGUCAUUGAGCCUGAGCCUGAGCCACCUGCCUACACACCAACCGCUGGCAACGAACCUGCGAUUGCGACCGUGGCAACGGCGACACAUGACGAGGGAAAGCCUAGAACAUAUGAAAGUCCGGACGAUAUCCGGAUGCCCGCUCGCCCAAAAUCAAGUACGAAUUCUACGAACGUCGAUCGCAACACUUUGCCUGAGCUGGCUACAGCGGAGGCUCGGCGACAAUUUGGCAGAGAUGACAUAUCGACCAACAAAGAAGUGUUUGAGGGAUCGUCAUUGCCUGGAUCGCCUAACCCUUCAGAUACACCAGAGUUCUCUCAGAGGAUAGUCAGUCCUCUUUCAGAUUCCUUGUCGGGCGAAGAAUAUCCCACUGUGACACCGUUGCACCUACUUGGUGAUCAAUCCGACAUGAUCGACUGUCCCUUCUGCAGGCGCCGCACAGAAACUCGGGUCAAGAAACACCCAUCCGUCGUUACCCAUGUCACGGCGACGACAUUAUUCUUCACGACCGUCGUUGGAGCAGCAGCACCAUAUGUCGGUCGAUGGAGCAACCACAUCAGUCAUUACUGUACGAAUUGUGAUCACAAGGUUGCGCAGAAGCGAUUCUACAGCUCGGAGAUGAAAUCCCUUGGAACGCCCGAGCAUCUGAGAGAAGCCUCCCAAUAUUAG